AUGGCUUCAACAACUACUUCAACUUCAUCCUUGUCGCCAAGGCGACAGAAGACAGGCGUGGGAUCUUUUACUAUCAAUGAGCAAAUUGGUAAAGGGAGCUUUGCCACGGUCUAUCGGGGUACACAUAUGCCCAGUGGGAAUCUCGUGGCGAUAAAGUCCGUAAACCUAUCCAGACUGAAUAAGAAACUCAAAGAUAACCUAUAUGUCGAAAUCGAAAUAUUAAAAAGCCUUUACCAUCCUCACAUCGUUGCCCUGAUAGAUUGCAGAGAGUCUGCUUCGCAUAUACAUCUGAUGAUGGAAUAUUGUGAAUUGGGGGACUUGUCGUAUUUCAUUAAGAAGAGGGAUAGACUGGCCGAUAACCCUACGCUUUUUGAUAUGGUUAAGAAAUAUCCUAUGCCAGUUGAAGGCGGACUCAACCAAGUUGUAGUUCGACAUUUUUUCAAACAAUUGUCAAGUGCUAUGGAAUUCUUAAGGGAACGGGACUUCGUACAUAGGGACGUUAAACCACAAAACUUACUUCUCAUCCCAUCACCGGAAUGGAUAGCGAAGAGAGCGAAGGGUGGACCAGAAGCUAUGAAAGCGAGCAAGGAAUCCGUUGUGGCCAUGGUUGGAAUCAAUUCACUACCGAUGCUUAAAUUGGCCGAUUUCGGUUUUGCUCGAUCGUUACCAUCUACUUCGCUUGCAGAGACUUUAUGCGGUUCACCCCUUUACAUGGCACCCGAAAUUUUGCGUUACGAGAAGUAUGAUGCGCGAGCUGAUCUCUGGUCUAUUGGAACGGUUCUUUAUGAAAUGAUGACAGGAAGACCCCCUUUCAAAGCAAUAAAUCAUGUUCAAUUGUUACAAAAAAUUGAGAAAAAUCAAGACGAAAUUAGAUUCCCUAGUAGGGGUAUCUAUAGCAGAGACUUGAAGGAUAUUGUGCGACGUCUCCUCAAAAAGAAGCCGGAAGAUCGAAUAACCUUUCCAGAAUACUUUGCUCACCCAGUUGUGACCGAACCAAUUCCUGGCCUGGUUGGAGAUGAUCGACCAAAAGAAAAAUCUCCGGAAACUUCAAUUGUCCGUCAGCCAUCUUUGAGAGAUCGUCAACGUGAAAGUCCAACUGUCAAGCACAUUGAUACGGCAUAUGAAUCAUUAAUUACGAGAGAUAUUGGGGAGCAAUCUCCAAGAAGUCCUAAUAUAGAAUCCAAUCAACAUUUUGGGACACCAGGUCACAACGCUGGACGUCCUGGGUCGAGAGAUCGACCUCCUCCAAUUUCUGCUGCAACUGCUCCAAAUGUGGAUACCUUACCCAGACAAAGAGACCGCAAGGAUCGCACGGAACCAAAUUAUGCUCCAAUUGUAAGAACUGGGUCCAGGAAACAACGUUACGAUGAGCAAGCAAAUUUGCAAACCAAAACCGAGAUUCAAUCGAGUAAUUCCAUAACUGAAGCCGAGCAAGAUGUUCGUGAUGCUAGAGAAUAUGUUCUAGUUGAGAAGAAAGCUGUUGAAGUCAAUGCUUUUGCUGAUGAGAUGGCUGCAAAUCCAAGACUUGGACAUGCUAAUUCAACGCCUAAACAAUUACCUAGAAGGCAUACAUCAAUGGGAGAACCAAAUUCAACAACAGGAGCUGUAGCUGUACCGCCUUCGCGCACAGUUCAAAAAGCAUCAGGAAGAACCCAACCAGAUACAUCAUCCGCGAGAAAUUCAUAUGGUUCUUAUGGUAAAACUGGUAGUAGUCCAUCAACUGCUUCAGCUAUAGCUAAAGCACUUCAAGGCGCAAGUGUGAGAGUAUUUGGAGUUUCUUGGUCUCCAACUCUCAUUGGAAAGGGUCCAUCUCCACAACAAUUAUACAAUCCUUAUCCCACUUAUCCUACACCUAACGCUGGGUUGAUUGGAGACGGGCGACCUAUUGAUGAGGAUCAAAGAGUUGUCAAUAUUAUUGAGGAUUCUGCAACUCGAAGUGAUGUUGUUUAUGGAUUUGCUGAAGUCAAAUAUCGACAACUUAUCCCUUUAGCACCUUCUAUGAAUCAUGGCCUAGGAGGUCCAAAUCCCGAAAGAAUGGGUGAUGCUAUGGAUGAAGAUGAUGGUCUUACCGUGGAGGCUAUUGUCAAUUUAUCCGAAGAAGCACUUGUAUUAUAUGUCAAGUCAUUAUCACUUCUUUCAAAAUCUAUGGAUAUCGCAGGAGCUUGGUGGUCACGAAAGCAGCGUGGUGGAAUCACUAGUGGAGGUCACACUCCAGGAAGUGAUUCAUCUUCAGCAGCUCAAGCAGGAAACCGUAUUAACGGUGCAGUUCAGUGGGUCCGAACUCGAUUUAAUGAAGUCUUGGAGAAAGCAGAACUUGUUCGACUUAAAUUGAUCGAGGCUCAAAAACGACUUCCUGAAGAUCAUCCAGGGCACCCAAACAAUCGUUCAACAGCUUCAAGAUUGGUUGGUGGAUCUUCAACCACUGAUGGUGUUGUAUUGAGCUCUGGUAUAACUGCUGAAAAAUUGAUGUACGACCGUGCUCUAGAAAUGAGUCGUACAGCAGCUAUCAAUGAAUUGGCAAAUGAAGAUCUCCCUGGUUGUGAAAUUUCAUACACAACUGCCAUUAGAAUGCUCGAGGCAGUUCUUGAAAAUGAUGAAGAACUUAUUCCUCGAAAGAGAUCAUCAAGUCUACGGGAAGAUAAGGAGAAAUCUGAAGGGGGAGAAGUUAAUGGUAUCAAUUUCGGUGAUAGAAAAGAUGUCUUGAAAGUACUUCAAAUGAUUCGGACCCGUCUUCAAGUCCUCAAGAAGAAGAUGACAGUUAUUGCUAAACAUCAAUCAAUGCCACCUCCAUCAUCUCCACGUCGAAGUUAUAGUGGAGGAACUACUCCUACCAUGAAUAAUACUCCACCGAAAUGA